CAAAAUUCAAAUAUAUAUUCUGAAGCGAAAGGGGAGAGAACAAAGUCACAACGAGAAUCUGUCAUUUCUGAUACAGAAAGCGCAAUAGAGAGAUGGCUUCAGCAUUGAGAGCAGCUAUUGUAAGCCACAUUAGACUCCCUGUAUCUCAAUCUCAAACCCUAGCUCUAAAUCUCUCCAAACUCUCAACCGUCCGAUCAUUUUCAUCUCACGGCGACGAUCAUCUCGACAAGACUCAAGUCAUUGAUAGAGUUCUCGAGGUCGUCAAAAGUCACCCCAAAAUCGAUCCCUCCAAGGUGACUCCUGAUGUUCAUUUCCAGAAGGAUCUUGGAUUGGAUAGCCUAGAUACUGUAGAAAUUGUCAUGGCCUUAGAGGAAGAAUUCAAGUUAGAGAUACCAGACAAGGAAGCUGACAAGAUUGAUUCUUGUGGUCUUGCUAUCGAGUACAUCUUCAACCAUCCGAUGUCAAGUUAAAGUAUUUGGUUUUUAUCUUGCUACAUUUAUGUAUUCUGUCUUUGUUUUGACUGGUUACUGCUUUAUAGUAAUCAAAUCAUAGAAGGGAUGCAAAUAAAGAGUGCCCGUACAUCUGGUUGGUUAGGAUGGAUAUUUUGCAUUUGUUCCAGGACACUGGUACAUUUUUUUUACCAUUCACAAAUCUAAUAUAAUAAUGAAUCAUUUGUUUGUGUUUUGGCAAAA